UUUGCAGUGACCUACUUGUUGUCACUGGCUUCAUCAGUUUGUCUUUGUCUUGACAGGGAGAAAGAGGCUUGUUGAAGGUACAGAAAUGGAUCCAAAAUGGACUUUGUCUCUCCUUGCUGCCAUCCUUCACACAGUGGCCAGUGCCCCAGAGUCUGUGUUUGCUCUAGAGGGAAACUCUGUCACCCUGAUCAUGAGGCAUGACAAUAUAAGUAAUGGAACACAUAUAUAUGAUGUAACCUGGGUCUUUAAUCAAUCAUGUGAUGUUGUUAAAUAUUAUCCACAUUAUAAUAAACGCCGCCAGCUAAGAAUUCCAGACCCCUAUAAGGGCAGAAUACAUUUUGAUCGAACCACCUUCUCUCUGGAGCUGAUAAACCCGCAGAAGAAAGACAGUGGACUCUACAAAGGAGAGAUAAAUGCUGAUGGGAGGAAGGCUGUUUCUGAAUACAGGCUCAAUGUUCUUGAGCAAGUAACAGCCCCUGUCUUGAUUGUGGAGUCUGUCUCGUCCAGUGGUGACCUCUGUAAUGUGACAGUGACCUGUAGAGCUGGUGACCUCUCUCUGACCUCCACCUGUGACAUCAGCACCUGCACACAGGAGGAACAGGCUGCACCCUCCAGCCUUACCAUCUUUAUUAAAGAUGGUGUCAUCAUCUGCAACCAUAGCAACCCACUCAGCUGGCAUCAUGCUACAGUGGAAUUGGAGACGCUGUGCCAAAAGCAAGAGAUUCCUCUUGGUGACGAGCAGACCCCUAUAUGGAUCUAUAUUACUGUUGCUUCAGGACUAGUACUACUCGUCCUCAUUGGUGGAGUUUUGUUUUUUCGAAUGCAUUCAAAGAAUCAAGUCCUGACCGUAACCUGA